UUACAUGGGUCUACCCCAAUGGGCCAUUAACGGUAAUAAGACUCAACGACGUCGUAGCUGGGCACGCCACUUGAGCAAGCAAACAGAAACUGAGCCCGAGCCUGAGCCGGAGAAGAUGAUCGUCUGCGUCGCCGUCGUCGGGCAUCAGAACAACCCUCUUUACAUCCAGAGCUUCACUGAUGCCGAUGACGCCCUCAAGCUCCACCACAUCGUCCACUGCUCCCUCGACGUCGUCGACGAGCGAGUGAACAAUCCGAAGAAGUCCGGACCGACACUGAAUGAGACAUUCUUGGGUCUGCUUUAUCCAACCGAAAAUUACAAAGUGUAUGGCUAUUUGACAAACACGAAGGUGAAGUUUAUCUUGGUGACUACUGAUCUCGAUGUUAAAGAUGCAGAUGUCAGAAAUUUUUUCAGGCGAUUCCAUGCUGGGUAUGUGGAUGCAAUUUCAAACCCAUUCCAUGAGCCAGGGAAAAAGAUAACCUCAAAAACCUUUGCUGAAAAGGUGAGCACCAUUGUCAAGUCAUUCGGGUUCAGUUCAACUGGGUGAAUGAUUCCUCUGGACUAUAAACAAAACUUUCCCGAAUUACUUUUUAUCAAGGAACUCAUUCUCUUGCCACACCCUACUUGGUGGAACUGCUUAAGCUCGUCUACUUUGUAUCUCAACAUAAACAGAUUUUGUAUCACUUCAGUUGUAGAUGAAAUCAAUUUUUCUGAUUUUUUUCAUCCAAUCCAAGAGAUCAUGCUUCUCUAAUAGUGUAAAGAUAUGAGCAGGACAUGAUAUGAAUUCUGAUUAUUCAAGGGAGUUGUUUUUCUUUGCUCUG